UAACUCUGUGUUUCCCUCUUCCCCCCGGGGUUUGGCCUCUCCGCACGUCCCGGCCUGCGGCGAUGCAGAGAACAAAAGGACAAGAUAAUAAAGUGCAAAAUGGUUCAUUGCAUCAGAAGGAUACUGUUCAUGACAGUGACUUCGAGCCCUACCUUUCUGGACAGUCGAAUCAGAGUGACAGCUACCCCUCAAUGACCGACCCCUACCUGUCCAGUUACUACCCGCCGUCCAUCGGGUUUCCUUACUCCCUCAAUGAAGCCCCGUGGUCGACCGGAGGGGACCCUCCCAUUCCGUACCUCACUACCUACGGACAGCUCAGCAACGGAGACCACCACUUCAUGCACGAUGCUGUUUUUGGGCAGCCCGGGGGCCUGGGGAACAACAUCUAUCAGCACAGAUUCAAUUUUUUCCCUGAAAACCCUGCCUUCUCAGCAUGGGGGACAAGUGGGUCUCAAGGGCAACAGACUCAGAGCUCAGCGUAUGGAAGCAGCUACACCUACCCACCUAGCUCCCUGGGCGGCACGAUUGUGGACGGACAGACAGGUUUCCACAGCGACACACUCAACAAGGCCCCUGGGAUGAACAGCCUGGAGCAGGGCAUGGUGGGCCUGAAGAUCGGGGACGUGACCACGUCUGCAGUCAAGACUGUGGGGUCUGUUGUGAGCAGUGCUGCGAUGACUGGCGUUCUGUCUGGCAACGGGGGAGCAAACGUCAACAUGCCAGUUUCAAAACCCACCUCCUGGGCUGCCAUCGCCAGCAAGCCGGCAAAGCUACAGCCUAAGAUGAAGGCCAAGAGCGGGCCUGUGAUGGGUGGUGCGAUGCCACCCCCGCCCAUCAAGCAUAACAUGGACAUCGGCACCUGGGACAACAAGGGGCCUGUGACGAAGGCCCCAGCUCCCCAGCAGACCCCGUCCCCCCAGUCAGUUCCACAGCCACAGCAGAUCGUUCAGCCUGUUCCGGCGCAGCCGCCACCUCUGGCCCAGCCGCAGUACCAGAACGCUCAGCAGCCGCCCCAGACCCGCUGGGUUGCCCCGCGCAACAGGAAUGCAGCGUUUGGGCAGGGCACAGGGGCCGGCAGUGAUAGUAACUCUCCUGGAAAUGCCCAGCCCAGUGUGGCCCCAAGUGUAGAAUCACACCCCAUUCUUGAGAAACUGAAAGCUGCCCACAGCUACAACCCUAAAGAGUUUGACUGGAACCUCAAGAGCGGACGCGUGUUCAUCAUCAAGAGCUACUCGGAGGACGACAUCCACCGCUCCAUCAAGUACUCCAUCUGGUGCAGCACGGAGCACGGCAACAAGCGCCUGGAUGGUGCCUUCCGCUCCCUGGGCAGCAAGGGGCCCGUCUACCUGCUCUUCAGUGUCAACGGGAGCGGGCACUUCUGUGGCGUGGCUGAGAUGAAGUCGCCGGUGGACUACGGCACCAGCGCAGGGGUCUGGUCGCAGGACAAGUGGAAGGGGAAGUUUGACGUCAAGUGGAUUUUUGUCAAGGACGUGCCGAACAACCAGCUCCGGCACAUCCGGCUGGAGAACAACGACAACAAGCCCGUCACAAACUCCCGCGACACCCAGGAGGUGCCCUUGGAGAAAGCAAAGCAAGUGCUGAAGAUCAUCGCUUCCUACAAGCACACCACCUCCAUCUUUGACGACUUUUCCCACUACGAGAAGCGCCAGGAGGAGGAGGAGGUGGUGCGCAAGGAACGGCAGAAUCGAAACAAACAAUAAGCCGGUUUCGUGUAUGUUCUAACAUUUGACUUUGAAAAACAAAGUUUAAAAAAUGUAUGCCUGGUGCUGUCUCCUGGCGCCAGCUCCGCUGUGUCCUCUUGCGCAGGGAUCGAGUUGUUGCAUUUCUCAGUUCUUUGUAGUUGAUUUUGCCCAGAUGGAUCUGCACUCGUUUGUAUUUUUUCUAUGUAUUAUAUAAUAUUGUAGAGCUCACUAAUAAAGGUGUAUUUUUUUGUCAGCUUAUCAAUCAGACUGACCUAGUGCAAAAUACAGGCAUCCUUAAAACGAAAGAAGAACCUAAUACAUCCCAAAGAUUUUUUUUUUUUAUUUUGGCAGAAAUUAUGUUCUUAUUAUAUUUACGUUCAUUUAAUAUCUCUGUGUGAGGCUUAUUUCUCACCCCCUUAUUGCUUUAUGGGAAACAUAAGAAACCAUGAAUUGUUUUGUCUUUUGAGUGUUCUGUUAAAAUUCUUCUCUUAGAUACUGAAGUCAGAGGUCAACGAGAACCUUGGUUGGCUGGUUGCUGUUUUUAUUAUCUGUUGGUAUUUGUCUUAAAGGCUAAUCUGCCCAUUUGAUUUUUAACUAGACAGAAAAGCAAAUUGAAUUUGAAUUUCUCAAACUUGGAGAAAACUGUUUUCUUGACGCCUGCACUUCCUUGGUCUGCUCUGCCCCCGGGGUUCUGUUGUCAUAGCUGCCAGUGAUGUGACUCGACAUGCUGAGGUUCUGGAAACCGCUCUGGUUCUGGCUCAGCACUGAGGUGUAGUUUUUGCAGACCGUUUGAAUUGCCGUUUUUCUUCACUUGAGCCUCAUGCCUUUAAGUUUCACACCAGUGGCGCUGGGCUUUAUGGAGGAGCUGGGCGCACAGCGGGUCGACGAUACUCCUGUGUCACUUUUACUCUGUGGGUCUGAUUUUUUUUUUUUUCCUGUUGAAUGGGUUAAAAAAAAAAAAGCAAAAAACAUACAA